ACCAUAGCCAAAUUGUCAACAUUUCGACAUGUCGUCUGACAAUAAACGUGAAUCAGAGGAAUCCCCAAUGGAGCAGUCAGCGGAUGAUUCAAGCUCCAAGACAUCCCAAGACAACCCUGGAAGCAACGAGACGCUAAAAUGUCACACGUCCGAAAGCAAGGAAUCGACAGCAGCAGCAGCGGCGAUGAAAUCAUCCAGCACGCACGGAGAUCAGUGUGAAAGUAGAACUGAGAAUAACUCAUCAGCUAUUAACACCACAGACAAUAAGAUGGAAAUAGAGAAUAAAGACUCGUCUGCGAGUAGUAAUGGCAGUGUGGUUGGGGCGGGUGGUGACCCGACGGAGGCCAGCGGUGAUGCGGCUUGUCCUGUUGAUAAAGGUGAAGUGGUGGAGGUGAAGGUCAUGUAUAAUAAGAAGAAGUAUGAUGUCAGGAUCGGUGUGGAGUCAACUGUGGCUGAGCUUAAGACAGAAAUUCAAACAGCAACAGGGGUUCCACCUGCAAUGCAGAAAUUAAUGUUCAAAGGCCUGAUGAAGGACGAGAAGACCUUGAAAGAAUUGAAGGUCACCGGUGGUUCUAAACUCAUGCUGAUUGGAUCUACGCCCAAAGCUGUCAUGGAGGUCACAAAGCCUGUACCUUCAGGUGGAUCGGCUGAUAAAGAUGAAAAAGCAAGCGCCGCUAAGGAGCCACUAUGUAAACAGAAGAUGCAUAAAAAGGUCUUGGACAAAGGCAAACCAGAUGAUGCUAUGAUCGGUAUCAAGAACCAACAUGACCCACUUCCAAAUGUUCCAAUAUCUGGCAUGCUGAACAAAGCUGGAGGAAAAGUACGACUCACUUUCAAACUAGAAAUGGAUCAAGUGUGGCUUGGUACGAAAGAGAGAACAGAGAAGAUCCCCAUGAAUUCUAUUAGGAAUGUUAUAAGUGAACCUAUUGAAGGUCAUGAAGACUAUCAUAUCAUGGCAAUUCAGCUUGGUCCAACGGAAGCUUCAAGGUACUGGAUCUACUGGGUUCCUGCUCAAUAUGCGAAGGGCAUCAAAGACACAAUUCUUGGAAAGUGGGUGUACUUUUGAUCAGACUCUUUACAUAGUAAUAACCAUCAUCAACUCGACUGAAGAUUGGAGAGGAAUUAUUCCAUCCCGAACUUUACGCAAAGAUUGACAUCGAAAGGAAGGAUCGGAUGUAGCGAUGUGAUGAUUUAUCUUAACUCAAAAUCUUUCUGCAGUGCUUCUUCCAGCUUGCUGAUGUCGUUGGAGCUGUUUAAUGUUGAUGACCCGAAUGAACAACGCAGCUGCCUGUCUCUCAACAUAUGCUGUACAGAAAAGCAUGUAAUGUAGCUUAACCUAUGCCUGAGUCAUAAUGGUAAUAUUUUUUAACCUGUGUCAGCUUGUGAAUCUUUGGCAGAGACUUGGUGAUCAGUGAAAUAAAGAAAUACACAUUGAAGAAUUCCAGUGCCACCAAAGACUGGAAAAAAAUGCUAGUUUGAGAAACAAAUUUCCUUAUCCAGACCAUGUAUUGGAUUUCACACUUUUAAUCAACUAAGUACAGAACUAUAGAUGUAAGAUUUGUUAACAAAUUUUUUGGCAUUACUCCUAUGUGUUUGAGAUCGCAUGCUCUAUCUGUAAUGAAAAUCAGAGAA